AUGCAGCUCUCCGUCAUCUUCGUCACCAUCGUCACGCUGGCCACCGCCGCCUUCGCCAGCCCCGUCAGCGAGACGUCCGGCGCCAUCAUCAGCGAGGCCGAGUUCGCCCACUGGCUCGCCACGACCGACGCCGAGCUCACCUUCAUCGGUGACCGCCCCAACCCCCUCGCCAAGCGCUCCGCGCAGGCGACUAGCGUCACCUACUGCACUAAGCGCGUCGGCGGCAUCUGCGGGGGCACCUGUAGCGUCUACACCGGCGGCGCCACGUGCCUCGACGCCACGGGGACGAACUGCAUAGCCGCCACGAGGGACGUCGGCUUCUGCGACAAGACCGGAUGCGAAGGGAACUGUAACGCGAUGUCGCUGUGCGGUACUCCCAUGGGCAACGGGUUUUGCUCCACGCCGAACACGCAGUCUAUCCUCGUCUCGUCUCUCUAG